CACGCCUUGUCAGUCUUACAAACAAAUCUGCCUUUACCCUUUCUUGGAGAACGAGGUUGUUUUCUCACUUGGAGAACGAGGUUGUGUUUGUGUAGGUCGGUCAAAUCUCCAGCAGAUAAUUAUCCCCCUCAAAAAAAAAAAAAAACAGAGAUUCCAAAUCGAAUCAAUCCUUUUUUUCCCACUUUUUUUUUUUUUUUUGGUGUUGUAUAGGAACUAUUGAUGGAGGGGUUUACAUAAAUUACGUGGGGGGGGAGUUCAAUUCCAAAGAGAGAUCCUUUUCUUAAUUUGUCACCUUCUGUGUUCUUGGGAGGGGGGGUAACAUUAAUUGCUACAGAACCUUUCCAUUUUACGAUUAGUUUCCUCGAAAAACCAAUAGCCAUAAUAACAAUCAACCCUUUACGGAUUGGCUGAUCCGGGAAUUGCCCUUUUGCUGUUUCUUUGUGAAGGGGGGCUGGAAACUGUUUCUGGGUAUUGGUUUUGAUCGAUUUGGGGUUCGGAUUGGUUGGGAAAGUUUGCGUAUUUCUGAGGGAUUUGCAAUGGCAGACGGCCCUAUGGAACAGUCCAACAUGGACGUGGUGGAGGCUCCAUUGAUGGAGGAUCAGCACUCUAAGGAUGCGAAGAUGAGUGAUAAUGCAUCGGAAUGCUCAGGCAGUCCUCGGAGUCGAACAGUAUCAGCUAGAUGGGAUCCUUCUGAAGCCUGUAGGCCUGUGCUCGAUGAAGCUCCCGUAUUUUAUCCGACUGUGAAGGAAUUUGAAGAUACCCUCGGCUACAUAGCAAAGAUCCGCUCUAAGGCUGAGUCAUAUGGAAUAUGCCGGAUAGUUCCCCCUGCUUCUUGGAAACCUCCUUGCCUUCUUAAACAGAAAGAUAUCUGGGAAGGUGCUAAAUUUUCGACUCGAAUUAUGCAAGUGGACUUGCUUCAGAAUCGAGAGCCCAUGAGGAAAAAAACCCGUGGUCGGAAGCGGAAGCGCAAGGGGAACUGUCGAAUGACAAAGAAUAAGCAGAGUGCCACUUCUAACUCGGAUUGCUAUGCGACUCCUGCAUCUGAGGAGAAGUUCGGGUUCCAGACGGGGGCAGAUUUUACACUCGCAGAGUUUCAAAAAUUUGCUCUUGGCUUUAAACAGUCUUAUUUUGAAGUGAAGGACUCAGCUGCAGCAAAGAGUAUUGGGUGGGAGCCUACAGUGGACGAUAUUGAGGGUGAGUAUUGGCGGAUCAUUGAGCAACCAACAGAUGAAGUCGAGGUAUAUUAUGGAGCUGACCUGGAAACAGGAACAUUUGGAAGUGGAUUUCCAAAAUCUACCUCGACUUCAACUGAUGGUGACUCGGAUAAAUAUGUAAAGUCAGGGUGGAAUCUGAAUAACUUUCCACGGCUGCCUGGUUCAGUGUUAUCUUUCGAGGAGAGUCAUAUCUCAGGGGUUUUAGUGCCAUGGCUCUAUGUUGGGAUGUGCUUUUCAUCAUUUUGUUGGCAUGUUGAAGACCAUCACCUCUACUCGCUCAAUUAUCUUCACUUUGGGGACGCAAAAGUAUGGUAUGGGGUUCCCGGAAGCCAUGCCACCAAGUUGGAGAGAGUUAUGCGGAAGCAUCUACCCGAUCUUUUUGAAGAACAACCUCAUCUACUUAAUGAGCUGGUGACUCAGUUGUCCCCGUCUAUCUUAAAGGCCGAGGGGGUCCCAGUGUAUCGGGCAGUCCAGUGCUCUGGGGAAUUUGUCCUCACAUUCCCGAGGGCUUACCAUGCUGGGUUCAACUGUGGGUUUAACUGUGCUGAAGCAGUCAACGUGGCACCAGUUGAUUGGUUAGAACAUGGGCAGAAUGCAGUGGAGUUGUACAGCAAGCAGUGUCGCAAGACUUCAAUCUCUCAUGACAAACUGCUCUUUAUAUCGGCAAGAAGAGCUGUCAGGGCCCUCUGGGAGGUAUUGGUGUUAGGGAAGGAGACUUUGGAGAAUCUAAGGUGGAAAGCUGCUUGCGGAAAAGAAGGGGUGCUGACACAGGCAGUUAAGAUGAGGAUAGAGAUGGAGGAGGAAAGAAUAGAUCGCCUUCCUAGUUGGCUUAAACUACAACCUACGGGAUCUGGUCUCAAUGACUCUGGGAUUGAGAGAGAGUGCUUCAAGUGCUUCUAUGACCUUCACCUCUCUGCGGUCACCUGUCGGUGCUCCCCUGACCGUUUUGCAUGCCUCAAGCAUGCAAAACUCUCUUGUUCUUGUGAAGAGGACGACAGAUUUGUGCUUUUGAAGUACGACGUCAAGACGCUGAACUUGCUGGUCGAGGCACUGGAAGGCGGACAGGAAGCCUUGAAGGAGUGGAUAUCCAGAGAGUCGGUUUCUCCCAAGAAAGAAGAGACUUUUUCUUCUGAGGUGGUGCUGUCCAAGUUCCAGCAAGGAAGGAGCCCGGAUACUGUUAUCUCUUAUGAAUCUUUGCUUGGGAAGGACGGAGAGGAGACCAAAAUUGAUUUGAAUACUAUUGAGUCGACCAAAGGAGAGAACGGGCUAUUGGGUGGUGGUUGUAAGGUGUUUGGGGUCGACCUUUCCCUUCAGGAUCAGCACACUCCUGAACAAAAGUCAAAUGGUCCAUUGACCAGUGCAAAUGAAGACAGCUCAGAAGAGAAAUCCUCUUUGACUGGCACGAACUGUUCUGUUAAGAGGUCAAUCCCUUGUGCAGAGCCUAUAGAUUUUGGAUCUAUCAUGAUUGGGAAGCGUUGGUCCUCAAAGCAGACCAUUUUUCCUAAUGGAUACAAGAGUCGCAUCAAUUUCUUUAGCGUGCUCAGUCCCAACAAGAUCUGUAGCUACAUAUCAGAAGUUGCGGAUGCGGGGCUUCUUGGGCCUAUUUUCAAGGUUACGUUGGAGGAAUCUCCUGCUGUAACUUUUGCCGAUGUUUCAGCAGAGAAGUGCUGGGAUUCAGUCGUCCAACAACUAAAGCAGGAAGUUGCUAGGCAGAGCAGCUUAGGAGUACAAGGACUGCCCACAUUUGAUGAAUUGCAGACUGUCAAUGGCCUAGAUAUGUUUGGGUUCUCAUCGCCACAAGUCAUCCAGAUGAUUGAAGCUAUGGAUCCAAACCGUCAGUGCACAGAUUACUGGAACCAGAAAUUAGGCAGAAAUUUUUCGCAAGUCUGUUCCGUCGAUGCAAGUAAGCAUGAACUUGGUGGACCAAACAUGGAGAUUGUUGGGGCGGCAAAGCAAUCAAUUUGAAGGACCAUACUUUCUGCUGUUGCGCGCUUCCUUGGUAGGCAGGCAAGGCGCCACUGACCACAAUUUUGUCCUGGAAUUUCUGGGAGUUGUAUGGAUAAAUAAGGAGAGAUGAGGAUGCUGGUUCAUGAAUCUAACCCGACACAUUCUUUGUUCGUUCAGGCUAGGGUUCGUAGGGCCUAUUCUUUGUAGCUGAACAGGAUCAGUCGAUUGAUCCCGCACAUGCCAUGUGCAUAUACUUGUUCGAAAACAUGCCUUUUUUUCGUGGCCUAACUAGGUAGGUAUUGAUUCUCGACUCAGGAUAUUGGCAUUGCUCAUAGAUAAAAGGUUGUAUUGACACAAAUUCUUUCUAAUACAUGAAAAUGUAGGUAUAAUUUCGAUUCUACUA